CUGUUGGAAUCAUACGGGUGUCAGUUAGACGAGAGGACCGCACACAAACGUGAAGCAGACUUGAGAAGAACCGAGAAACAAUGAAGUCCUUCAUUGGGAGUUUGGUAUAUUGCCUCUCUCUUCUGCUGGUUGACCUCUGUGAAUCCUAUGACUUUAACAAUCCAUCCUACAUUUUAGCACAAAGUUACGCACAAAGAAGAAAUAAUGCACUUCAACACCGGACGCUGAACCCAGCAGCAACAGAUUCACAAUGUAGGAGCCGCCCACUGGACCUGGUCUUCAUCAUUGACAGCUCACGUAGCGUGCGUCCAGGUGAGUUUGAGAAGGUCAAGAUCUUCCUGGCUGACAUGGUGGACACUCUUGACGUUGGCCCCGAUGCCACACGUGUCGCCGUGGUAAACUAUGCCAGCACAGUCAAAAUUGAGUUCCUGCUGAAGAACCAUCUUACAAAGGACUCUAUAAAACAAGCCAUCAACCGCAUCGAACCCCUCGCCUCGGGAACCAUGACUGGUAUGGCCAUCAAGAAAGCCAUGGAUGAAGCCUUCACUGAAAAGUCAGGAGCGCGACCUAAAUCGAAGAACAUCUCAAAGGUUGCCAUAAUUGUCACUGACGGACGUCCUCAAGACCAAGUCGAGGAGGUGUCGGCUGCAGCACGAGCUUCGGGGAUUGAGAUUUAUGCAGUCGGAGUGGACAGGGCUGACAAGCAGUCAUUGAAGCUCAUGGCAAGCAAUCCACUUGAGGACCAUGUGUUCUACGUGGAGACCUACGGUGUCAUUGAGAAGCUCACCUCAAAGUUCCGGGAGACAUUGUGUGAUAUAGAUACCUGUGAAGGACACAGCUGUCAACACAUUUGUGUGAGCAGUGGCCACUCAUAUCACUGCAAAUGCCGCUCAGGCUUUGUCUUGAAUGACGACAUGCGAACAUGCUCCAUUAGAGGCGCUGGCGCUUACGGACAUGGUGACAGUGUAUACAAGGGUGACCGAAACAAAAAGAAUGAUGGCAUCCAAAAUGGUGAAGGUAGUGCUAGUGUGGAUUCCUGUGCGUUGGGCCACGACUGCCAAUACACAUGCAUCUCCAGCGAUUCCUCUUAUUACUGCUCGUGUCCUCCUGGCUUUGUCUUGAUGCAGGACAAGAAAUCAUGUUUUCAAGCCAGUGACGCUGAUGGAGAUGGUAGUGCCAGUCUGGACUACUGUGCGCUGGGUCAUGAAUGUGAACACAUUUGCGUCAACGAUGAUGCUUCCUAUCACUGUGAGUGCCACCGGGGUUUUGUAUUGGAAGAAGACAAGAAAAAAUGUUACAAAAAACAGGUGAAGGUGGAGAUCGUUCAGGACCCCUGCAUGUGUGAGGCCCGACUGGCCUUCCAGAGACAGACACAAACCUCCCUACAGGACCUCUACGCCAAACUUGCUGCUGUCACAAGAAAGGUUGAGCAAAUGGAAAACAUGCUGGGACGCAUGUAA